AACCCAGCUUAACCCCUCCAACUUGGCUUGGGGGGUCUCAUUGAAUUAAUUCUAGCGUCAACCGUUUUUGGAAGCACGAUAAUCUCAGACUUGCCGGAGCAUCCUCUCUGAGCUUCUCUGAGCUACUACUUGGUUGCGUUUCUUGAAAGUUUCCUCCGAUUGCCUACACUUGCCAUGCGGUAUUAUGAACAGAGGUAUCCAGAAGUCGAUGAGCUCGUUAUGGUCCAAGUCCGCCAGAUUGCGGAAAUGGGUGCAUAUGUCAAAUUGCUCGAAUACGACAACAUCGAGGGAAUGAUUCUCCUCUCAGAGCUAUCCCGUAGACGUAUCCGAUCAAUACAAAAGCUCAUCCGUGUUGGCCGUAACGAAGUCGUAGUGGUGCUGCGUGUGGAUAGGGAAAAAGGCUACAUUGAUCUAUCAAAACGUCGUGUCUCCCCCGAAGAUAUCAUCAAGUGUGAGGAACGGUACAUGAAGUCAAAAGCUGUCGCAUCCAUCAUGCGGCACGUCGCGUCGAAACUGCCAUCGAUGGAUGCAGACGCUGCUAUUUCCCCCGAGGAUGAGGCGGUGGAAAAGGAGACGAAGAAGUCUAGGCGCGCGGCGAAGAAGGAAAAUCCUGAGGAGGCUGCGGCUGCCAUGGCUGCUGAGGAGGCCGCUGUGCCACACGAUGGGUCGAACGAAGAAGAACGGUUGGAAAAACUGUAUGAGCAAGUGGCAUGGCCACUUGGUCAUAAAUAUGGUCAUACAUAUGAUGCGUUCAAGCUUGCUUUGACCGAGCAAGAAACCGUAUUUUCGUCCCUUCCAAACCCUGUAUCAUCAGCAGCCAUCUCCAUUCUUAUGGGCACAAUCGCACGGCGGUUGACACCCCAGCCUAUCAAGCUGCGCGCUGAUAUCGAGCUCACAUGUUACACCCCUGCCGGUAUCGAUGCCAUCAAAAAGGCUCUGAGGGCAGGUGAAGCACAAAGCAACGAGACUGUGCCGAUUAAAGCCAAGCUUGUAGCUCCUCCGCUGUACGUUCUCAGUACAAACGCAACAGACAAGUACGCUGCUGUUGAUCGUUUGGAACGCGCGAUCGAGUCGAUUCUAAGCACCAUCGAGGGCCAAGGUGGGAACCUUGUUGUAAAGAUGAAGCCAAAAGCUGUCUCCGAGACGGAAGAGCAGGAUCUUGCACAGCUCAUGGCCAAGGCAGGCCAAGAGAAUGCAGAAGUUUCUGGAGACGAGGAUGACGAGGAGGGGGUCUAGUUCAUGAUUUGUGGCCUCAGGUACAUUUCUCGAUGGUGGCAGCCUAUUACGAACCAGAUUGUUUACUGAGAUGUAGACCAUUCAGUAACCUAACGGCGGUGUAUAAUUUUGCUUUGAGGGUGUGGCGCGAAUCUCGGCGAUGCACCUAUAGAUGUUGGGAUUACUGGGGAAAUGUAAAUUCUGUAAAUGAUCGGAGAGCCAGAGAAACCCUAGUCUCAACUGCGGGUAGGCUGGGACCGCGUGAAACUGUAGUUUGUUCAACUUUGUUGUAGCAGGGGAUUAGGGGGGCCCAUGUAAGCACGCUGGCUUACUUGAGUUCUCAUAAUCAAUACAUAUACUGUGGCGGGUACUGAAGACUAAGUCUUCAGUAUUUCUACCUUUUGGUGUAACGGUCAUGAGGCGCGGCAGCCGACUACUUUACA